AGCUCCAGCAGUAGCCCAUUUCAGAAAAGCGCACAGAUAGAUCCUUCCCAAUAUUCCCAAUAUUCCUUCUCUAUUCCGAUUUUGUGCGUUCCAGGCGUAAACCCUACCUCUUCACUCAGGUUAUCAGAUGGACACACAGGAAAUGGUGGAGAAACCAUCUGAAACCAUUCCUGCUAAUGCAUCUCAAAAGAAGCAAGAAACACGUGAUGAAAUGCUAUCUAGGCACAGAAAGGAGAUAGCAGAACUGCAGAACAAAGAAAUUGAACUGAAAAAGGCUGCAGCAAAAGGUAGCAAGGCUGAACAGAAAGCUAAGAAGAAGCAGGUUGAAGUGCAGAUCUCUCAGCUUUCUACUAAGUUAAAAGAAAAACAUACUGAAGAACUUGCUUCAUUAGGCUAUAGCAGCAGCAGUAGUAAUGGAAAUGAGAAAAGCAAUCUUGACAAUUUGGUUAAGGCCAUAGCUGGUGUUUCUGUUACAAACCAACCAGACCAUUCCAAGGUUAGCAAGGGUGCAAAGAGGAGGGGAAAAAGAGCUCAACAAGAGGCAGAAAGGGAGCAAAGGAUCCAAGAAGAGCAGAACAACCUUGUAAGUGAUCGAAUGAUUGAAAAUGAGAAAUUGAAAGGAAAGCUUGAACCUCUUGGCUUGAGUGUCAAUGAAAUAAAGCCAGAUGGGCAUUGCCUGUACAGGGCUGUUGAAGAUCAGCUAGCAGUCCUUUCUGGCGGUUCUUCUCCCUAUACAUACCAAGACCUCCGUAAAAUGGUGGCUUCUUAUAUGAGAGAACAUGCAUCAGACUUUGUUCCCUUUUUCCUGUCAGAAAAUGUUACAGAAGGAGAGUCCGACAAUUCACUAGCAGACAGAUUUGAGAAUUACUGUAAAGACGUGGAGUCUACAUCGGCAUGGGGUGGGCAACUCGAGCUGGGGGCUUUAACUCACUGUCUGAGGAGACAUAUCCUGAUAUAUUCAGGGUCCUUCCCGGAUGUGGAUAUGGGGAAAGAGUACAAAUCUAAUGGUGGGAGUGAUUCAUCCAGCGGAAGUAUUUUGUUGUCAUACCAUAAACAUGCAUAUGGGCUUGGGGAGCAUUAUAAUUCUGUGGUGCCAACUUGAUCAGGUAGGCACCACUAUAUCAUCUUCGAACUGUUACCUUUUGCAAUGCAGGUUUACUUUUCUCUAUGGUCGUGACUUGUGAGAGAACAGAUAAUUUGGAGCUUUAACUCAAAAGCUGAAUUUGAAUAGUUUGUAUUGGCAUUUACACAAAAUUUUUCUCCGAAUACACAUGAAUAGUUUAAUAAAAAAAAUGUGUGUUAUUAAGAUUAUGUUUGAAAUUUAUAUUUAUAUUUUUUAAUAAAUAAAUUUAUAUUUUUAUA